GCGAGUCUCUAACGCCGCCAUCAUUGUUUUGUUUUUGUCUCGAUAACGGGGUCAUGUAAAGAUCAUUUGCGGGCUGUUCCUCCGUUUUAGAUGCACAUACGUCCUGUUUUUAUGAUUACUGCCGUGAACGGAGCCCGUGUUUUAAUCAUAGACCUUUUAAUUACAUUUCAAACUAAAUUAUUGCGUGCUGAAUCCACACAAACGGGAAGUCUGGUCUGCCGAUUGUAAACAUACGGUUUCAGGACAGCGCAUGACAGGUGAGAUUAACUGAACAUUUAAAUCGAGCUCUGAAAAGACAAAAUGACCGACAACGUGCUUCCCUGUGCGGGUAAAGGCGGUCAAACCCCCGGAACAGCGGAGAGCAGCACCACCCCUUCGGACCAGGAGAACUUCCCGUACGACGCGGACGAUCCCGGCGAUGAGAGCGACGUGCUGGAGGCGUCUGACCUGAGAGACGGAGCGAGCCCCGAUGAGCUCAACGACGACGAGACGUCCGGAGAGAGCGAGAAUGUGCUCAAGACCUGCACCUAUGACGGCUGCACAGAGACCACCACACAGGUGGCCAAAGCCAGGAAACCUUGGAUGUGCAAAAAACACCGCAAUAAAAUGUACAAGGAUAAAUAUAAGAAGAAGAAAAGUGACCAGGCCAUGUCAUCAGGAAAGUUAGACGAGGGUUCGGAGGAGAGGCCUCUCUCUGUUACUAAGCAACGGCUGGGUACCAUAGGAGACAGACCAGCCAGACCUUCCCUCAUUGAGCAGGUGUUGAAUCAGAAAAGACUGUCUCUACUGAGAAGUCCUGAAGUCAUCAGCUUCCUACAGCAGCAACAACGUUUGCUGACCACACAGAAUCACACUUAAACCCAACAAAAUUACUGAAGAUUGAAGAUGUUUUAGGUGCAACUGUUGGAUAUCUGGUCAAGGACUUCAU